AGCUCAUGCAAAAUAUAAAGAGGUGCAAGCAUGGAGAUUUUACUGGAGCAAUUCAAGAAGGAAUGAAACACUGAAUGUGAUGUGUGAUGAGAAGCCAGCGUUGCCACAGCAACACUUUUGUGGAGGAGUGCAAGUCCAGCCCAUUUCACUCACACAUAAACAGUGUGUGAAGCUCCAGCCAUGACACACACUCCCUCUCUUCUGCACGAAGGGGCGCUCUGAACACUGAUGAGUGUGUGAGGAAAAAGGGGGAAUAAAGAUCAACUCUGUGCUCUGUUCUCGUACUUGGUAUUCUCACAUGGACACACACACACACACACACGCACACACACACACACACACACACAUCUCAGCAUGCUGGAACCUGGAGUUUCAAGUCACUUAUUUUGUAGCCUCAUUCUCUCAACACUUUUUGGACACAAAUCUUUCUGACUUCACAUGUGGUUGGAUGUGUAAGACCUCUCACACACACCUCACUGAUGAACAGACUGUCAGGACAUCUCCUGGGUCUUGCUGUGGAAACUGGGGUUAUGAGUCCAGGUUAAAUCUUCCCGAGAUCCCGUGAUGCAUCUGUACCGCACUACGAACUCCAUUAAGAAUCCCGCUGGAGCCCGUGCUGAGGAAAUUAUCUGGCCUGAACAGUGGUGAUAGGGAGACGCAGCGCGAGGACGGGGGCCGCCGCCGCCGCCGCAAGGUGAAAGGAAAAUAGACAGAAAGAAAAGGAGAAGGACACCAAUGAAAUCAUGCCCUCGUCCACCAUGCAGAUUUUCGCCUUCAUCCUGGCGCUGCUUGGGGUUCUGGGUGCCACCAUGGCCACGUUGCUGCCCAACUGGAAAGUUAGUGUCGCCACGGGCUCAAACAUCAUGACCGCAAUCUCACAAAUGCAGGGCCUGUGGAUGGACUGCACCUGGUACAGCACGGGUAUCUUCAGCUGCACGCUUAAGUACUCCGUACUGGCGCUGCCUGCUUACCUUCAGACCGCCCGCACCACCAUGGUCCUCUCCUGUCUGCUGGCAACUCUCGGGCUCUGGCUGGCUGCCCUGGGGCUUAAAUGUACUCACUGGGGUGGUAGUCAAAGCUCCAAGGUACAAACUGCAAUUGCUGCCGGAACAUGCUUCGUCCUUGCAGGCUUCCUGUGCCUCGUGCCAGCGUCCUGGUUCACCAAUGAGGUCAUCACCAGCUUUAUGGAUUCUAAAGUACCUCAGAGUGGAAAGUACGAGCCAGGGGGAGCCGUUUACGUGGCAUUUGUGUCGGCUGGGUUUUUCUUAGCUGGAGGCGUCAUUUUUUGUCUUUCAUGCCCCAGAAAACGGGACAGGGCCACAAAUUGCGGGGUAUCCAACCCUGACAAGGUAAUAAGGCAGGAGCAGAAGAAAAAGGAGCAGAGAGAACAACAGAGCCAGACGGAGCCACCGGAGCCAGAGCUGGAGCACAAAGAGAAAGCGGUGCAGGACAAACUCCAGCUGGAACAACAGCAGCAGCAGCAGCAGUACUACUCCCCAUCUCGCAAGCGACCUCAGGACACCAAGGCCCUCUACAGCCUGCAGGACUAUGUCUAAAAAUUCUGAACAGUCUCAGGGAUCGAGGCUCAGGUUGUACACGCGGCUGUCAGAAGCGAUGAAUGGAGGAAAGAGGGAGGAGUGAUGACGCCAAUGACGCUUUUCUCCCCCUUUCGUCAGUUUUUUCAUGUACUGUGACCAUUAUCGUAAGUGGAGAUGUUUCUAGAACCGUAGCCGGAACUGUAAAUCCUCAGGUGAAACACGUACUGAUUCAAGGAACAUUAAAUAUACGGGCAUGAAAAAAGUUCUGACUGCGUUUGUGUUGUUAGAGAUAACGCUGCUACAUGCCAAAGCUUUAAACUUAGAAGUCUGCAUGUGACUGACGGCUGAAAUCAUUUCAUUACACCAGACGAAAGCGGCUCUUUGGAAAUAAGCUCUUUAUUCAAAUGAGCCAUUAUUGCUGUUUAUAGCUUGAUCCCAUUGCAGAAUGCUUAACAGAUAUGAGAAAACACAUCACCCAAAAACAUCGACUUACACCAUUUCGACAUGAUGAGUAUGGCACAAUACAAAGUCUAAACCCCAGCGUAGAAACAGCACAAUGUCUUGUCUUUAUUUUCCAAAGUGUCUGGUGGAGGUGAAACAUAUUGAAGCGCACAUCAUUUGAGGUAAUGAUGCUCUUUGCUUUCCCAUUAGCUUCGCUCCGGAUGGGUGCACGCUGCUCAUUUAUUGCAUGUAAUCCAGCUCUCCUCCUCCUCCUCUUCCUCCUCCUCCUCCAAACACACACACACACACACACACACACAUACACACUCUCUUGCUGCAGGGGUAAUGGGGUCUUGCACCCAAUCAUUUUUACCAUGUGUGACCGCCUGUCAUUGGUGCAGGAAAUGCAGCAGAGGCUGUUCUGAGGGACGCUGACAUGGCUGCAGCCUGUUCUGAACCUCAUGGAUUGUAGUGAAAAGAUUCCCUUCAGCCACAUCUGAACCCUUUAAUAGGUUUGGCAAAACAUUCCUCGCUAUACAGUAGGUCAUGGUUUACAGAAAGAAAGAGUCUAAAGAAGGUCUUAAAGAGUUUCACCUUCAGACUUGGUUUAUUAUGUUUAGAGACUUUUAUUGUUGACAUUUUUAGUGUAUGAUGUUUGUUUCUUUGGAGGUUAAGGUAGCUAUCAAAGUAAAGGCAGUUCUAUCACAUCGCAUCAUUUUUUAAACUAAACCUCGUCCAGUACUUCAGUGAUGUUACUCAGAUUGGCUAUAAUUUAUAAGCAUGAAACGUGUAAGUGAACGCUGGAACGUUAUGUGACGGCCAUCUUGAAAAAAAUUAAUUUAUUCCUAACAAGCGAUGCAAAUGUUACUGUCAUUCCACCUUAAACUUAACCCUUGUGUUAUGUUUACUCUUUGGUCCCUUUGGUGCUGUUUGGGUCAAACUGACCUGGGGCAAGUUCUAAUUUGGUUAACAAAAUAUACUAUAGUAAAGACCUCGUGGUGUAAAUCUAAAGAAUAAAUUGUUUCAUUUAGAACUGAUCUAUCAAAUGAUGAACAACAAUAAAAGCACGAGAAAAAAAAAA